AUGUCUAUCUCAAAGGUUUUCCCCUCUGAAUCCAGCGAGGCGCUCAAUGUCCAUCCAGUAUUAUCACCCGCGUCCAAGAAAGACCUCGAAGACGCACUAGAUGAGACCAUGUCUGCCGAAGAUGCACAGAAGAAAGCCUGGGUUGAGGACAAUCGGAGAGAUCUCUUCAACGCUUUCGCAACAUGUAGAAAAGUGGACCUUUCUUCGCAUAAGAACAUCGAGGUCUUCAGUGCAGUAGAGGGUACCGAUGAAGAUCUGCGUAAGAGCUUGAACAAUAUAUACGAGAAAUAUGGCCCGUUGACCAUGUUCGAUAAAGGAGUUGACGGUUUGGCUCGCCAUUGGGUGGUAGGAUACCAGUCCAUGCGCGGGACACAGACGGUCCAGAAGGUCAUGCUUUACGUUGAGGGAACCGAAUGGACUCGCAGCUCUCGAGUCUUGGAUAGCCUUACCGCCAUGAUCCAGGCGGAGGAUGCCGGAUUUCCAGACGACGAGGACUGGGCCGUUGUGGAGAAGCCGGUCGGGGGCCUUGGAUUCAAGCAUUGCAAAUCCUGA